UUAUUUUUUUUUUGUUCGGAUAUUUUAAACAGUCAUAACAAUAUGUGGUUUUCCGAUCAAAAUUUUUAUGAAUUAAUCAGCAUUUGAUUAUUAACGAAGAAUGCUUAUUUACCUAUAUUAAAGAAAAAUAAGUGAAAUCACAUUUUAAUUAAAGCGAUAAUACACAUUUAAUGAUUUUGGAUCACGAAAAUAAUGUAUAUUUUAUUAUAAGUAUAAAUUAUUUUAGUUUCAUUUGUGGCUUUAUGCUUAGGAAUUGUUAUAAUAUAGGUUAACUAUUAUUGAUAAACCUACUUACGUACAUUAUUAUUUAUUUUAUUAAGUACCCUCUUCAACGGUUACUCUGAUAAAUAAAUAUGUAGGUAACUUAUUUUGAUUAUCUGUUUAUGAAUACGGUUUUACGUAAUAAAAUGUGUAUUAAAAAAAAUAUCUAAUCCGCCGACAGUGUAUACUUAUGAUAUAAUAAUGUAAAAUAUUGAAAUUUCAUUCGCAAAAUGAAUCGAUAGAACAGUAAAAUUUUAGAUGAAAUCGAUUUUCUACAUCUUAGUCCUUGGAACAAUGAAAAAAUAAAAGCACAAUUUUUAGGGUAUUAAAUAAAAUUGACAAAACAGUAUUGUAUAAAAAUAAUACGACUCUGUACGGGUGAGAUACAUGGACAGUAGGCGCAGCGGAAAAGAAAUCGUUAGCUUUCGAGAUGUGGUGUUACAGGCGAAUGAUGAGGAUACCGUGGAUACAGAAUUGUAAAAAUAAGGAGGUAUUAGAAAGGGUAGAAGAGCACAGGGUGUUAUGGAAGUCAAUGGGAAGUAGACGAGAUAAGUUGCAACAGACUUCUGCUUCCGCUUCCGCUAUUACGGAAGUUCCGCAUGCAUUUUUACAUCUGGUUCCGCAUUUUUAUAACGGAAGCUUAUCGGUGUUUUCUUUCAAAUACAAUAAUGGAGACAUCAUUGAAAAGACUCCACCCGUGAAUACCUUCACUCUUACAUUGUUGACAUAUAUUACAAAAAAGAAACAAACUCUUGUUUAUAGUUAAACACAAGUCUUGCAGCAUUGUCGACCUAAUUACAAAGGAAUAUUCUUAAUGAAUGCAUUACCGUGGUAAUUGAAAAUACAGGAAAUGUAUUAUUUUCUAGUGUUUGUCUGAUGUCUGUCGUCUUCAUUUUAUGGCUAACACAACGCAUUGGAGUAUAAUUUCAAAAGAUUUAUUUAGCAAAUAUAGUUACCUAACUAUUUGUCUAAUUACAGUAUUUUCCAUGCGAAGAUUUAUUUAUUAUGUACCUAUACAGAAUCUGAUGUAUGUACAUACCGAUAAAAUUUCACAUUCGUAAUACUUUGUGUAUUAUUCGAAAUAUUUUUCUAAAAAAUUUAUAUCAGAAGAAUACAACUAUAUAUCAACAUGGCUCAAGAUAAGAAAAAUUAUGUUAAAAAGUAUGUUUCUGUGUUACAAUUGAAAAGAACUGUAAGUCAAUAUAAUUAGAUAAUUAUUAUUUCAAAAAGCGACUGUAACCGAUAAGCAGAUGGAUGGAUGGGUUUGUGGUCACAGAGUUCUGUUUUUCCUGUUAAAGUAUGAAAUCCCAAAAAAGGUAUAAAUAGACACCGAACCACCCAACAAUGGAGUGUUUUUCUUUUUUACACAUUAACAUCUAAAAUAAUGUACUAAUAUGGGAAUGAGCUAAUGUUCUACCGUAGGUUUCUUUGUAAUGCAAAUUGACGCAGCUAUCUUCUCUAAUUAUAUCACAUUGUCGAACCAGCUUACUAUUCUCCUUAUUUUUGAUACCUAGGAUAUUGUGGUUUAAUUGGGACUUUUAAUUAAAAAUCGCAAAUUUUAAUACGUUUGACGUAUAAAUACUAUAUUCGAUGUUCAUUCUGACAGGCAUACUGCCAGGUCUAAUGAUUGUUUACUAGAUCUAUUUAUUCGAACUAUGCAUAAUCCGCAGAUUACUAAUUUGUUAAUUUGUGAUUUAAUAAUUUUAAAUAGAACAGUUUGACUAAUUUCAAUGUUUCUCUGAUUGACAUACUCUUAUGUUAAGUUCGAUAUUAACAUGCUAGGGAUCUAAUAGGGAUAACUUUUGCCCAGAUAUGCAAAAAGAGCUUCAUUUCGGUUCGAUAUGGAGAACUGUCAUGGAUUAAAAUGUAAGCGCUAUACCUAUCAAUUCUUAAACGGGUUUAGCCGAUCUUUAAUUCUUCAUCACAAUUAAUCACUUAUAAUGAAUUAAAGUAGGCUAAAAAGUAUAUAAACAAUUAAUUAUUGUUGUUACUGCCACGGGUUAUCACCAUUUUAUUUUAGUCAAGUACUUCUGAGAAUUCUUUUGGUUAUUACAAAUUGUAUCUUUUGCAAUAGGUUAUCGUUGUAUGUAUUACGUAAAUGCAAAAAAUAACUGCACAUUUGUUAUUAAUUAUCGGAACAGUACUUUGGAUAAUGAAGGAGUGUUUGUAUGAAUACACAAAUAAAAACGGCAAUUAAUUUUGUAUUUAUUUUUUGUUUUAUUAGUAUAAAGAGUUAAUACUUAUACAGCAGUGGCGAGUUAAGAAUCGAUAAUAAAGGCAUUUUGUAUUACAUGCAAUUGUCAAAGGAAAAAAGCUUUUAAAAAAGGGGGUGAUGUUUUCAGAUAGUUACAAAUUAUGCAUUUUCGCCCGUGUAAGUAGUCUGUGCCUUCGGUGGACGUUUCGCCAUACCUGUAUACAGUGACGACUGGUGAAUAUAUAACAAAAGGUUAAAGGGCACGUGUCCAUUCUUAUUUUUCAGAAAGUAGAAUGACGUUUAUUGUUUUCUCCACUAUAAAAAGUUCUGCUAUCUAAUACUUAUAAUUCGUCUCCGUGUGUAUUACGAUUUUAAUUUUUUGACAAAAUGAGACUUUGGAAAGUGAUAAAAAUUACUCUAUGUAUACACAUUGUAACAAGUAAACAAAUUACUUCAUUUGCUUAGUUGUAUAAAUAUCCUCGUUUUCGAUAUUGAUUUAGUUUAUCAAAUAACCAGUAUGUAAUGAAUAAUGUAAAGAUUUUCACUAUAUACAGUUAACAGUUACAGAAAACGUUAUGUUUUAAGUCAUAUUCAAAUAAAAUUGUUUGAAGAUAUCAACCUAUAAAGGUGAAAUCUAGAUAAAAGGCUAUUGUAUGUCACCAGGAUGUUUCUUUAAAAGAUUGGUUCUGGUGAAAAACUUGCUUUAUUUAAAACCAGUCAUCAGUGCUCGUUUCGUUAGCCUUUUGAUUUACAAAUAUUAAAAUUUCAAACUGAAAGCUAAUUUAUAUCAGAAUGAAAAAUUGCCAGUACAGUAUCAAGGAUAUCAUAACUUUCUUUUAGUCAAAGAAUUUUUAGAAUUGUUUUGGUAGUUCUAGUGAUAGCCUUUUACAUAUAAACAAGUAAACAAUUUAAUCACUUUAUAUAAUAAUACAGGUUGUCCUCGUAAAUAAAAUAUGAUCCUGGUCAAUCAAAUGGAAGCAUCAUUCGAUUAAAGUUGAGUUAGGUUAGACUCAAAAGGUUAAGACAGGGAAAGGCUACACUAUUAGAGAAUGCUAUGCACUGUCUCCAUAUCGCUCAUUAUACAGGGUGCUUCAAAAAAAUGUAUACACACUUUGAACUUCCAUAGAAAAUUUAUUUACCGUUCUAC